CUCUUUCUCUUUUAUUCCUCUCUGAGACACACAGAGUUUCACUGCGACUGCUUGUGCUUUAAGCUAUGGAGGAGUUCUCGGUGGACGACCCAACUCAGCUACUACAAGCUGCUUCAGAUUUCGCAAAUUACCCUGGUCUUCAGAACGACGCUUCAGCUAAGGACUUUCUGGAUCGCUUCCCCCUUCCUGUCAUUCUUAAUGCUUUACAAACCAAAGCCGAUGUACCUGGUCUAGAAAGUACAUUGAUUGCUGCUUUGGAAAGGGUAUUCCAGACAAAAUAUGGUGCUUCUCUCAUACCCCACUAUAUGCCUUUCAUACAAGUUGGCCUGACAGCAGAGUCUCAUGAAGUCAAAUCUUUAGCAUGUAAAACGGUUACUUACCUUCUGGAGAAUUUGAAUGAAGGUGCUAUUUCUGCAGUACGUCUUAUAGUUGAGCACAAUAUAUAUCCUCUUUUGCUUGAUUGCCUCAUUAAUGGCAAUGAAAGAGUUGCAACUCUUUCAACGGAUGCAAUAGGGAAGAUGGCUAGUUCUCCAGCAGGCAUGGAUGUUGUUUUCCCAGCUAAUACCAAUGAAGCUACCCAUCUUGGAGCUUUAGCAGCCCAGUGUUCAUCACUGGGACGGGUCCGGGUUUUGGCUUUGAUAGUGAAGCUAUUCUCUAUCUCCAGUUAUGUGGCAUCAGCAAUUCACAGGUCAAAUCUGCUCAGACUUUUUGAGGCAGAAAUCAACAACACAAAUGAUACCCUUGCAACCUUGAGCGUUUUGGAGAUUAUGUAUGAGUUGUCCGAGGUCGAGCAUGGUAGAGAGUUUUUGUCAACAAGCACCCUUCUGCAACUGCUUAGUUCUAUAAUCAGCAAUAAAUCAAUGGAAUCAGUUUUAAGAUCAAGAGCAAUGAUGAUCAGUGGAAGACUUCUGUCCAAGGGGAAUUACAUGUUUGCUGAUGAACUUAGUGUAAAAACUGUAGUAUCAGCCAUAGAUAGGAUACUUAGUUCAUCAGAAACUCAAGAUGCAGAUGAGUGUGAAUCUGCUCUUGAAGCACUGGGUGAAAUAGGGUCAUCAAUUCAAGGGGCGCAAUUUCUACUUUCAAGCUCACCACCAGCUGCAAGACAUGUUAUUUAUGCUGCCUUUGAUAGGCAAGGACGUGGUAAACAACUGGCUGCUUUACAUGCCCUUGGAAACAUCUUUGGAGAAACUCGGUCUGAAAACAGCAUGAUACUGACUAGUGAUGCAGAGGAAAGCCUCAGACGCUUAAUUUAUGAAACUGCAUCUAAGAGCUCAAAGUUGACACCAUCUGGUAUUUUCCUCUCUGUUCUCAAACAGGAUUCAGAAACUCGUUUGGCGGGUUAUAGAAUGCUGACUGGGUUGGUGGCUCGCCCAUGGUGCCUCAUGGAAAUUUGCUCGAAGCAAGAGAUAAUAAAUAUAGUGACCGAUGCAACUACUGAAACCACAAAAUUAGGUAUGGAAGCCAGAUAUAAUUGCUGCAAGGCAAUCCAGAAGGCUUUUAUCAUGUCAAGUAAAGUUAGCAGUGAUCCAGCUCUUGCUGGGCUUGCUGAAAAGUUGUAUGAUGCUGUUAGAAAGGGUCCCUAUCUUGCUAAACGGCUUGAAGCUCAGCCUACAGUGGUGACAGAUGACAGAUUCUAGACACCGGCAGGCAUCAGCAACUGUGUGCAGCCAAUGAAUUUACUGUUAACACAUGUUGCAUACAAAAGUUUGUUUAAACUGCGGAAACAUGUUAAGCUGUGAAUUCUCCUGAAUGUUAAGCUGUGAAUUUAAAAAGAAUUAUUACCUGUUCAGAACUGAAACAUGUUAAGCUAGCGAGGAAUGUGGAAUUGUGGAAUUCCAUAUUUGCCAGUUCAAAGAAAGUUGUCGAGUUUCUCAGAGUACAAUUUUCCCAGUUAAGGUAGAGAGGAAUAUGGAUUCGUUGACCAA